CUUUGUUAAGUCAAAACAAUAGUGACUCAGCCUAGCGCCGGGGCAGGCAGAGACGCUCCGUUGCAGGUACUUAAGCGCCGCGAGGAAAGCUUGUCAGCCAGUCGAAGCGCAGAGUUCAGAGUGGAAGGUUGUCCAAAAUGUUUCCCGAUUACGAGUACUUCUUUUACCAGUACAAGGGCAUGUGCCCUUUCAGUUGCCUGCCCUUGGAAGUUUUCCAACCGGAUAUUUUGGCCGUGCCCGCCUAUGUGGAAGAUUAUGAAGUGAUAACAUCGGAAUAUUUGCAAAAAGAUGAGCCUAAUGAAGAUGACACGUCGAUCGAGACCUACCCUGUCAGUCCCGUUGCCUCACCUAUCAACGAGCCGCCGUAUCAUUGGACUCAAGCAGUUGCCACGAGACUCGUGCCUGUGGCAGCUGACUUCAAAUUCACUUUCACGAAGACACUCAGUACUGACAGUGACGGUACAGACACUGAUGGUACAGAAGCCGACGGUCACGACGAGCAUUGCGGUCCAAAACCUCCAGCCCCGGUCAAACCGGCGCCCCUGCCUCCUCUUGGCUCUACGCUGAGGAGGCAAUCCCGGAGGAGGCUAAUAAUUAUUACAAAGGUCAGGCGAAUUGACUUCGACGUGCCGGAGGAAUAA